ACUGUUUCCCAUCUUCACUUCCCAAAAAAUUCCAAAACCCAACCAAACCCUUCUCUUCUCUCUGUUAUUAUAUACUCCAUCCCAGCAUCCCUGCACUCUCAGCACUAGGCCACACACACAGACACACACCAGUAAUCCCCAGCUAGCUAACACAAGAUCCAGCAAUGGCGACAGCCAGAAGCGUGCUUGUGGCCGUGCUGCUCUCUCUGGCAUUGCCGGCGGUGCUGAGCCAGAAGCCCGCAGCGGCCCCGGCGCCGUCCCCGGCAUCGACAGCGCCGAACGUGACGGCGGUGCUAGACAAAGCCGGGCAGUACACCAAGUUCAUGCGGCUGAUGAAGUCCACCCAGCAGGACACGCAGCUCAACAGCCAGCUGAACGGCUCCGACACGGGCUUCACGGUGUUCGCGCCCACCGACAACGCCUUCGACAGCCUGAAAGCCGGCACGCUCAACUCGCUCUCCCAGCAGGAGCAAGUCUCCCUGGUACAAGCCCACAUCGUGCCGGCCUUCUUCUCCAUGGAGUCCUUCGAGACCGCCAGCAACCCCGUGCGCACCCAGGCGUCCGGCGCCGACGGGCCUUACACGGUCAAUGUCACUGCCACGAGCAAUGGCCAGGUGAAUGUGAGCACGGGGUUGGUGAGUACCAUGGUGGGCACUGCUUUGAGGAAGGAGAAGCCGUUGGCGGUGUAUUCGGUUGAUAAGGUGCUUUUGCCGUAUGAUCUGUUUGGGCCUAAGCCGCCGGCUUCUGCCCCGCCGGCGCCGGGGAAGAAGGCGCCCGCGAAGGGCGGGGCUAAGGCGCCUGCGGGAGAGGAGGAUUCGGCGCCGGCUAGUAAGGCUUCUGGUGGUGUUGUUGGUUUCGCGUGGAGCUUCUUGGCUGCCGUCGCCGCCGCCUGCCUGUUGUGAGAUGAGAUGAGAGAGAGAUCUAGUAGCUGUUCUUCCUUGCUGCUGCUUCUUUUCUGUUCCCGUUCUUCUUCUUCUUUCUUCCCGUUCCUUCUCUGUUUUUUCAGCACCGGGAAACUCUGAGAUCCCGUGCGGAUGAUGUUUGACCGUUGAAUUAAAGAGAUUUAAUUCCGCAAUGAUCUA